AUGUCACCAUCGACGAUUCAUUCCACUUCUUCAUCCGUCUCACAGGAUCAUCCACUUCAGAAUGGCUACAUUCCACCACAUGUACAGAAUGCCUAUCAACAAAAUGUCUGGGUGCAAAGAGGCAAUGGAGCUUUUCAUCAAUCGGCCAUGCAUUGCAACAGUUUGCCCCGAUUGGAGAAGAAACAUAGGAAGCAGCGACCCGAAGAACCAAUCUGCACUCCGAGAAGAUUGAGUGAACUUGAACGCAAGAGACAGUACCGAAUAGCCCUUAACUUUUUCAAUAAGAAACCAGAGCGAGGAAUUCAACUCUUGAUUGCCUGGGAGUUUGUCGAUGAAAGCGCGGAAAGUGUAGCAAAGUUGUUAUUUGGCCGUCGCGGUUUGAGCAAACAAAUGAUUGGGGAAUAUUUGGGCGUUUUGCGAUCUACGUUCCACAAGUGCGUACUCGAGUACUUCCUCGCCGAAGUGGACAUCCGUGGUCUGGACGUCGACGUGGCGUUGCGAAAGUGCAAUCACUUUUUUCGAUUGCCCGGAGAAAGUCAAAAGAUUGAGCACAUCAUGGAGAACUUUUCUUUGCACUACGCCCGAUCGAAUCCAGCUCGUGCUUUGCAAUUUCAUGGAGGCCACAAGACGGUGUUCAUUUUGUCCUACGCUAUUAUCAUGUUGAACACGGACUUGCAUAAUAAGAACGUGAAACAGUCGGAAAGGAUGAAAAAGGACCAAUUUAUUAACAACUUGAGAGGAAUCGAUGAAGGAGGGAAUAUUGACAGAGACAUGUUGGGGGCGAUUUAUGAUCGAAUCAAAGAAGAGGCUUUUCAACCAGGAGAUGAUCACGUAGCACAAGUGGCAAGAGUGGAGAGCGCUAUUCUUGGACAAGGAAAACCGCGUCUUUCCGAAUCCCAUCGAAGAUUGGUUUGCUACUGUCGACUUAACCAGAUUGUUGACAUAUCAAAAAAGCAACCAUCAACAAGCCACGAAAGAGAUGUGUUUUUGUUUAACGAUAUGAUUGUGAUAACAAAAGCUUCCGGAGUUCGUCGGCAUUCACCAUCACAACAAUACACCCUCCGGGCUCAUUCAUCACUUUUUGGAGCUCGAGUUGAGACCUUUUCUCGUGGAACUUAUGACUUCGGGAUUCGAUUGACUACUCCAGAUCAUCAAACUUUGGAUUUUAAUGCAAGAAAUCACGACGAUCGUUGCCGUUUUGUUGCUGAUGUCGGUGAAUCAAUUCUCGAAUGUCACGGAAUGGAAUCUGUGCGAAUUGAGUUGGAGAUGGAGAGAAUAUCGCUGCGUACGGACUCUCAACGGGACUCUGGUCUUCCGGACGCUGCGAUCUUGCGAGAAGCGGAGCGUGAGAAAAGCAAUGGACGACUUGAGACGCAACGUUUACGCGAUCGCGAAAGGAGGGAAGCUAGAAGAGAUGAACGAAAAACGAGGGACACUUCAAAGGAGAAGCGGCAGAAAGGGGAGCCAAGAUCACCGAGCCGGAGUCGAAGCAUCGAAAUUAUCGAUGUCUCAUCGAAGAGCGUGAAAGAAAAGAAGAAGAAAGAAGAAAAACAAAAGAAGAAGGAUCGAAAUCGCAAAAGCCGAAGCGGAAGUCGACAGGAUUCAAAGAAGAAGCACAUAAAAGAAAAAACGAAACACGAAGAC